ACCGCCCUGCCCCCUCUUCACCUUGAAUAACUCUUAUCAAAGAUUAACCACAUGCAUAACUUCUUCACUUGAACAUUAACCCUGGAGUAGACCAGUCUUUGAUGGGCAGAGUUUGGCUAAAUUACAACAUGUCAUCUAUCUUCCCCCACUGCAGUCACCAGUUUCUGUAGCUAGCGUAGCUGCCACUGCAGUUUGCAUCUAUGGCUCUUCUUUGACCCAGAGGCAAGAACCUGAGAGAAACCAGUUCAGCCAUAGAAUAGAAGAAGGUAGUUGCAGUAGAAGUUAGAGUAUCUAACAGAAGUGUGUGUUCUGUAAUGGAGCAGUCAAAUGAUUUACAUUGUUUGAGUCCUGCUGAGUUGAGGCUGUUGAUCAGGCAGGGCGAUCCCAGAAUAAGCACCACGACUGGAUUAGCUAACGGAUACCAGCAGGCUAAUGUUGUCAUCCUACCCAAUCAUCUGGCCAAUGACUUUGAAGCGUUCUGUCGCAAGAAUCCUGCCCCCCUGCCACUCCUUUAUCGCAGCCAAUCAGGAGAGACUGCCUGUCCACCUCUCGCUAGACAUGCUGACAUAAGGACAGAUAUUUCUCAGUACUAUGUGUAUGAGGAGGGUUGCCUGGUGAAUAGAGUAUCCAGUCUGCAGAGUUACUGCACUCACCCAAGGAUUGCAUCAGAGCAGCAGACUGAACAUCAUGGCCAAUGGGCAGACAUGGUAUGUUUCUAUCUGGGCUGCAGUUUUGGCUUUGAAGGCCGACUGAAGAAAGCCGGAGUCCCUGUCAGAAACGUGGAGCAGGGCACAAAUGUCAGCAUGUAUAGGACUGCAGUUCCCUGUAUCCCUGCAGGAGUGUUCAGCUGUCCUCUUGUGACCACUAUGCGUCCUAUUCCAGCUGGCAUGCUGAAUGCAGCAGUGGAGGUUACUUACCUCAAUCCGCUAGCACAUGGAGCUCCUGUACACAUAGGAGACCCAGCUCUCCUAGGCAUACAGGACCUGUCCAAACCAGACUACGGGGAGCGAGUAGAGCUGCAGCCUGGGGAUGUCACCGUGUUCUGGGCCUGUGGAGUGACUGCUAUAGAAGCGAUACUCAGCAGCAAGCCUUCAUUGGCAUUCAGUCACGCGCCAGGCUGUAUGUUCCUGACUGACAUCCCAGACUCCUCCCCUUCUUCCCUCAUACCUCCACCCUCUGAGGGCGUAGACUCUCCCUCCACGGAUCACAAUCUCGAGCUGAUUCCCCUCUGCUUUCUGGUAUCCCACAACCCCUUGUUGUACAGUUUGGCAUCUCAGAGGGCCGUGGCAAAGAUCAGACAGCUGGAGACGAUUAUUGGAGAGGACCCAGGUCAACGAGGAAUCAGAGCUUUAUUUGUUCAGGAUGAACUUCUGCGCUCCUGUCUGGCACUCUCCCACGCCUUCUCUGUUGCCAUAACGACCGGCUUUCCCACACACUAUAUGCACAGCCCCCCUGAUGAGACUGACGGCCCACCUGGAGCCAUUGCCAUGGCAACCAUGCUGCUGUCGCUAGGGAAACAGGUGACAUUGGUGACGGACAGGAGAGCCCUGGAGAUGAACCGGGCCAUCAUUGAUGAAGCUGUGAGGACAGGUGUGCUGAAAACUGCAAUCCCAUUAAUCACAUUUGAAGACAGCGGCCCCGACUCUGCACUACACUUCUUGUGUCACCAUGGAGACCCCAGCAAGCCCAGGUACGACCACCUUGUGGCGAUAGAGCGCAGUGGACGUGCCGGAGAUGGAAAUUACUACAACAUGAGAGGAAUAAACAUCAAACAUCUGGUGGAUCCCAUUGAUAACCUGUUUAUUGCUGCCAAGGAUUUACCAGGAAUUACCACUACAGGAAUCGGUGAUGGGGGUAAUGAGUUGGGGAUGGGUAAACUGAAGGAAAAGGUGACGACUCUGAUGCCCAACGGGGGUCUCAUAGCCUGUGUUGUUCCUGCUGACUAUGCCAUCACUGCUGGGGUGUCUAACUGGGGAGGAUAUGCCGUGGCCUGUGGGCUCUACCUGCUCCACACCUGCCCCUCCCACCAGCGAUACAGAAAGAGAGGACUGGGUUUGGAAAACACAAUCCCCCAAGAACAGCUCCAGGACUGGACUGCUAACCUGCCAUCUGUGGACAAGGAAGAGUCUAUCCUUUCUACUCUGGUGCGUUUUGGGAUAAGAAGCGGGAAAACUGGUCACCUGGCCAUGGAGGUGGAUGGUUUGACCUUUCACCCCACGCACUCUGACAUCAUCACCAGACUACUGGAAGUCACACUAGGCUCCACCACUCCAAACCUUUGACCAACUCAUCAGCUUGUAUUCUCAGCCAUCUACUGUAUCUCAUCUAUAUGUGAGAUUGAGUAUUAAGAUAAACUUGAUACAGAUAGCUGCAAAUGCUCGUUGACACUAGAACCGCCAUAGCCCACGCCGUUUAACGUUGUGAUUUAAAAAAAAAAAAAAAAGAAAAUUGUUAUUGCUAUGUUUCCCUCCUGCACUGCCUUUUUCUAAACACCUUUUCUGCACCUUCCCAUAUUGUUAUAACGAUAGAAAAAUGUUUAGAAAACUCUCCUCCGCAGAAGAAUGUAUGUACUGUAGGCCUACAAUAUUCAUCUUUUCAUAUGUGUAAAAUAUCAGAAAUGAAAGCGAAAGUAAUCCCAGGUUCUGUCUUGCCAUCUAUGGCCGGUACAGUAGACCGUUGAACUGAAAGAUGCGCUGCUCCUGGGAGAGAUGAAGAGACAAAUGUAAAUGGUGAGGGGACUUUUUGUUUUUCUUUUGUGUGUCAUUUAAUCAUUUGCACUGUGAUUAUAUUUUAUUUACCAUUUAGUUGACAAUGACAAUGUUUUAGCAUUUGUUUCAUGCCUUUUAGGUUUUACUCUGCAGGUUACAUGCUGCUUACAACUCAAAACAGAACCAAAUAGAUGUAUUUUUUUUAAUCAAAAAUGAUUUAUUUGCAGGAGUUGCUCACUUGUUGAUUGUUGACUGAACUGACGCGUUGAAUGGCCCAUCAACGUUCAUUGGACAAAGGGAUACAGACGAUCUAGGGUGUCGGGUUUAGGCGGAUGUAGUACCCCCCCAAAGAGCCCGGCGGUGCUAGUGUUAAGCCCACGGCCCUGACGGAAACACACUGGAGCAUGCACAGACUGAAUGUGUUCCGAUGGGUGAAGUUCUGUUUCCUCUCCAUUCAGAUUGCCAAAAGAAAGCGAGAGA